UGGCCGCCGUGCAGCUGCUGUGGGCGAGGAAGGGAAUCAGCGUCCAGCCUGGAGUCUGGUUCCCUGGGCGCCGCCCCCGGACAGCUGCCCCUGGGAGCCACGUUCCGAGUCAGGUGAAGAUGAGUUCUUCAGUAAAAAGAAAAGGCAAGCCAGGCAAAGGAGGUGGAAAAGGAUCUUCUAAAGGAGGAAGAGGAAAUAGGAGUCACAGUAAUAAAUCUCAUGGGGCUGGCGGCAGUGGCAGUGGUGGCAGUGGUGGUGGCACUAGAAAGGCUUCAAGUCGAAUUUGGGAUGAUGGGGAUGACUUUUGUAUCUUCGGUGAAUCAAGGCGAUCAUCCAGACCCAGCAAUAGUGGUGUGAACAAGGAGGAGGUGCGCACUAAAUGGAAGCCUACGGCCAAAGUGCCCCUUCAGACUCUGCAUAUGACCUCGGAGAAUCAAGAGAAAGUGAAGGCUCUUCUUCGAGACCUGCAGGAGCAAGAUGCUGAUGCAGGAUCUGAGAGAGGUGUUUCUGUUGAAGAAGAAGAGGAUGAGCCUGAUGGUUGUGCCGACGAACAGUACUGGGUAGCUGGGCAGGGGCUCGCCCUAGUGCCUGACUCAGACCCUGUGGAAUGUGUGGGCUCAGGCGCGCUGCAGCCUUAUGUUCCGGAAGUUGCCGUCUCCCCAUUUGCUGCACAGCGACUUUCCAGGUAUGGUUUCAACAUUGAGCGCUGUCAGGCAGCCCUGAGAAUUUGUGAUGGAGAUUUGGGAGCAGCUCUGGAGCACUUACUCACUCAGUGCUUUGCGGAGACAUUUGGAGAGAAGAUGAAAAUCUCCAAGGCAGCUGGCUGCAUGAGCUUGUGUGAGUGUGUGGAGCAGCGACAGGAAGAGGCUUUUGCUCUCAAGUCCAUCUGUGGAGAAAAAUUUAUAGAAAGAAUUCAGAACAGAGUCUGGAUCAUUGGAUUGGAACUGGAGUAUCUGACAAGUAAAUUCUGCAAGUCCAAGCGAAAGGAAAGCAAAAAUGCACAAGAUACUUCACUUGAAACCUGCAAAUUUUACCUCAAAGGAAAUUGUAAAUUUGGAUCAAGAUGCAAAUUCAAACAUGAAGUGCCCCCAAAUCAAAUUGUUGGAAGAGCAGAAAAAAUUGUAGAUGAUUCUCAUCUUAGUGCUAAUAAAAAUGUGUCCUUUUUAUAUGAGCUUGAGAUUCGCUUUCCAAAAGACCAUAAAUACCCCUACCAAGCUCCCCUUGUGGCAUUUUAUUCCACCAAUGAGAAUCUACCUCUGGCUUGCCGUUUACAUAUCUCUGAGUUCCUUUAUGGUAAAGCCUUGACAUUUGCAGAGACUUCAGAACCUGUCGUGUAUUCUUUGAUGACCCUGUUAGAGGAAGAAUCAGAAAUUGUCAAGUUACUAGCAAAUACGGAGCACAAGUAUAGCAUCCCUCCUGUGAACUUUCUGCCCACACCAUCUGGGGCCAGAAUAAAUAAUCCCACCUGUCGUAAACCAGUGAUUCCAAGCAAUUCUUUUGUUUCAGGUCAAAUUGCUGAAGUUGAAAAAGAAUCAGAGCCUGAAGAAGAGGCAAAUGGGGAGAGCCCUGCACCUGUUACGGUGGAGAAUGAGAGCUGUGUCAACCUUGAGAAAAAGGCUUCGAGAAGAUACGACUGGCCCACAAAGUCAGUUCAUGCUGAGAACAGUAAAAUCUGCAAGCAGUUCCAAAUGAAACAGGGUUCCAGACAGUUCCAGUCAGUUCUACAGGAAAGACAAUCACUCCCUGCUUGGGAAGAAAGAGAAACCAUCCUUAAGUUGUUAAGGAAGCACCAAGUGGUUGUCAUAAGUGGUAUGACUGGAUGUGGGAAAACCACACAGAUUCCACAGUUUAUUCUGGACGAUUCUCUGAGCGGGCCACCUGAGAAGGUGGCUAACAUCAUUUGCACCCAACCCCGACGAAUCUCUGCAAUCUCUGUUGCGGAACGGGUUGCCAAAGAAAGAGCAGAAAGGGUGGGUCUGACCGUGGGAUACCAGAUUCGGUUAGAAAGUGUCAAGUCCUCCGCCACCAGACUGUUAUACUGCACCACCGGCGUGCUGCUGAGAAGGCUGGAAGGGGACUCUACUCUGCAAGGGGUCACCCAUGUCAUUGUCGACGAAGUUCACGAGAGGACAGAAGAAAGUGACUUCUUGCUGCUAGUUUUGAAGGAUAUUGUGUCACAGAGGCCAACUCUUCAAGUCAUUCUAAUGAGUGCGACUUUAAAUGCUGAACUCUUUUCAGAAUAUUUCAAUUCCUGCCCAGUUAUUACUAUACCAGGUCGUACCUUUCCUGUGGAUCAGUUUUUUCUGGAAGAUGCAGUUUCUAUGACAAGGUACGUGUUACAUGACGGGAGCCCCUAUGUGCGCUCCGUAAAGCAGAUGGAGAAGGAGAAACUGAAAGCGAGGCGCAGCAGAACUGCGUUUGAGGAAGUGGAAGAAGACCUGCGGCUGUCGCUCCACCUCCAGGACCUGGAGUCCGUCAAAGACGCGGUGCCCGAUCAACAGUUAGAUUUUAAGCAGCUCCUGGUCCGCUAUAAAGGAAUCAGCAAAUCAGUCAUCAAAACAAUGUCCAUCAUGGAUUUUGAGAAGGUUAAUCUUGAAUUAAUAGAAGCCUUAUUGGAGUGGAUUGUGGAUGGCAAGCACUCCUACCCUCCAGGUGCUAUUCUUGUAUUCUUACCAGGACUAGCAGAAAUCAAAAUGCUGUAUGAACAGCUGCAGUCUAAUGCUCUUUUCAACAACAGACGUAGCAAUCGAUGUGUUAUUCACCCACUUCACUCAUCCUUAUCCAGUGAAGAGCAGCAGGCUGUGUUUAUAAAACCUCCAGCAGGUGUAACUAAGAUUAUAAUUUCCACCAACAUUGCUGAGACAUCCAUAACUAUCGAUGAUGUUGUAUAUGUCAUCGACUGUGGGAAAAUGAAAGAAAAGAGAUAUGAUGCCAGCAAAGGGAUGGAAAGUCUAGAGGAUACUUUUGUAUCUCAAGCGAAUGCUCUGCAGAGGAAAGGCAGGGCAGGCCGGGUUGCCUCUGGGGUCUGCUUCCAUUUGUUCACCAGCCACCAUUACCAUCACCAGCUGUUAAAGCAGCAGCUACCAGAGAUACAGAGAGUGCCACUGGAACAGCUCUGUCUAAGAAUCAAAAUCUUAGACAUGUUUAGCGCUCAUAGUCUGCAAUCUGUGUUCUCCCGGCUCAUUGAGCCACCACACGCCGAUUCUCUUCGCGCCUCCAAAAUCCGGUUACGAGACUUGGGAGCACUAACCCUGGAUGAGAAAUUGACCCCUCUAGGGUAUCACCUGGCCUCUCUGCCGGUGGACGUGAGAAUUGGCAAGCUGAUGCUUUUUGGGUCUAUCUUUCGCUGCCUGGAUCCUGCGCUCACCAUUGCCGCCAGCUUGGCCUUUAAGUCUCCUUUUGUGUCUCCCUGGGAUAAAAAAGAGGAAGCCAACCAGAAAAAGCUAGAAUUUGCCUUCGCAAACAGUGAUUAUCUGGCCCUUCUCCAAGCAUAUAAGGGGUGGCAGCUGAGCACAAGGGAAGGCGUGCAUGCCAGUUAUAAUUACUGCAGACAGAACUUCUUGUCAGGAAGAGCUCUGCAGGAAAUGGCCAGCCUCAAACGACAAUUCACUGAGCUGUUAUCAGAUAUAGGAUUUGUAAAGGAAGGGCUCCGAGCAAGAGAAAUUGAGAAAAGGGCCCAAGGAGGAGAUGGGGUCCUGGGUGCCACAGGAGAAGAGGCAAACUCUAAUGCAGAGAAUCCCAAGCUGAUAUCAGCUAUGCUGUGUGCUGCUCUGUAUCCAAAUGUGGUGCAGGUGAAGACGCCAGAAGGCAAGUUUCAGAAGACCAGUACUGGAGCUGUCAAAAUGCAGCCAAAAUCAAUUGAGUUGAAGUUUGUCACCAAGAAUGAUGGCUAUGUCCACAUUCACCCUUCAUCGGUGAACUACCAGGUCAGACAUUUUGACAGCCCCUACCUGUUGUACCACGAGAAGAUCAAAACCAGCCGGGUGUUCAUCCGGGAGUGCAGCAUGGUGUCCGUGUACCCGCUGGUCCUGUUCGGAGGAGGCCAAGUGCAUGUGCAGCUGCAGAGGGGGGAGUUCGUCGUCUCCGUGGAUGACGGCUGGAUCCGUUUUGUUGCUGCUUCCCAUCAGGUGGCCGAGUUAGUAAAGGAACUUCGUGGUGAACUUGACCAGCUUCUCCAGGAUAAAAUUAAAAACCCAAGCAUAGACCUGUGCACCUGUCCUCGGGGCUCCCGCAUCAUCAGCACCAUCGUGAAACUCGUCAGCACACAGUAGGGACUCGCCAGGGGGAGUGCUCACUACCCACCUGCCAAGUCACAGCAGCGCUUCUACCUCACACCCAAAGCCUGCGCUGGGGCGGGCCCGGAGGCCCACGCCCUGAGGGGCGCUCCUCGCUCAGGUCGCAGGCGGCGUGAGGUUGCGCAGCCCCCUCGCCUGUCAGAGCCAGUGGGGUUCGCCUGACAACACAGAAGUGAAUGUUUAAUAUAAUUGUUUUAACCUAUGUAUUCUUUGUCUCCUGCCUUUUAUGAUGUAUGUGUAUACAUAACCUAUGUAUCUUUUCUCCUGUUUUUGCAUCAGGCAUGAGAAAUAGUUGGUUUUUCUCCUGUCAUAAUAAAAAUUCAGUUGAGAGAAGUUACAGCUGAGAAGGAAAAACAAAAAAUAAAAUCAUGUGAGAAAAAUAAAUUUCAC